AUGCCAACUAGAUUCUCUCACGAAAUCUUGGUAGUUGCCACUGAAAAUUUUAGUCGGGAGCUUGGGAAAGGAGGAUUUGGUUCAGUCUUUGAAGGGAUUCUGACAGAUGGAACAAAAGUUGCUGUGAAGUGUAUCAAUGGUUUAUCUCAGAAAAAGGAUUCUUUCUUAGCUGAGGUUGAGACCAUAGGCCGCAUUCACCAUUUGAACUUGAAAGUGGAUGUCUAUAGUUUUGGUACUGUGACUUUGGAAAUUUUGUGUGGGCGAAGAAAUUUUGAUCUCUCUCAGCGUGAGGAAGGUAUACAUUUGUUAAGUCUUUUUAAGAGAAAGGCUAAGGAAGAUCAGAUGUUGGAUUUGGCUGAUAAGUGCAGUGAGGAUAUGCAGUUACAUGGAGCAGAAGCUGUAGAGAUGAUGAAGUUUGAUGCAUGGUGUCUACAAAAUUAUACUGGUAGAAGGCCUUCUAUGUCAAUGGUGAUCAAGGUCUUGGAGGGGUUGAUCGAUGUUGAAGAUAAUCUGGACUACAAUUUCUUUAAUUCAUCAGAACUAGAAGCCACCGAAGCAGUUCACCGGGGGGAGAUUAAUGUGGGUUUUGCCUCUCCCAUGUUGCCGUCCAUUCUGUCAGGACCCAGGUGA